AGCAGAGAUCAGCAGACGUUGGAGGGGACGGUCGGCCUCGGCAGCUCGGACAGCCGUGCAGGAUGGACCGAUAAACAGCUCUGUUCGAAGCGAUGUUCAGAUUUUUUUGCCAUGGAAAUGGAUAUGAUACCGAAAUUCUCCUCAAAAGACGAGGAAAUCGACUUCUGGAAGGCUCUUUCCCUCAAGUACAAGAAAAGCUGUGAGGAGGCUCAGGAGGAGCUGCUGGAGUUUCAGGAGGGGAGCAGGGAGCUGGAGGCUGAGCUGGAAGCACAGCUCGGCCAUGCCGAGCAUCGAAUGAAGGACCUGCAGUCUGAGAACAACAGACUCAAGAAUGAGGUUGAAACUCUCAAGGAGAAGCUGGAGCAGCAGUACUCUCAGAGCUACAAGCAGAUCUCCAUGCUGGAGGACGACCUCGGCCAAACGCGCAGCAUCAAGGAGCAGCUUCACAAAUACGUCAGAGAGCUCGAGCAGUCCAACGAUGAUCUGGAAAGAGCCAAAAGAGCAACUAUCGUGUCUCUUGAGAACUUCGAGCAGCGUCUGAACCAGGCCAUUGAGAGGAAUGCCUUCCUGGAGAGCGAGCUGGAUGAGAAGGAGUCGCUGCUGGUCUCGGUGCAAAGAUUAAAGGAUGAAGCCAGAGAUUUGCGGCAGGAGCUUGCCGUGCGAGAGAGGCAGGCAGACGUAACCAGGAUGUCCGCUCCGAGUUCACCCACACAGGACAACGUGAAGAUGGACACGGCUGUGCAGGCCUCCCUCUCCUUGCCGGCUACCCCACUGAGCAAAGGUCUGGACAACGCCUUUGCCAACCAAACAGUAGUGCUAUCAAAUGGCUAUGGCAGUAACUCACCUCUGACCCCCUCGGCCAGAAUAUCAGCCCUCAACAUUGUCAGUGAUUUGCUCCGGAAAGUUGGGGCUCUCGAGUCGAAGCUCGCCGCCUGCAGGAACUUUGCCAAAGACCAGAAAGCUCGGAAGGUGUUCGCUCUCGACAACAGCAACGCGCUGAAUGCAAACUACUCCCAAGCGCUCCAUACGUCAUAUUUUGAUAAAGCGACUGAGAUGGUCAUAUUCCCUGCAUUAAUUUGGGGUAAUUGUAGCUCCUUCACCUGUUAUGCGAGUGUGUAGAGGGCCAUGCAUGCUGCCGCUGCUCUUUAACAAGCUUCUUUUCCCAUCUCGUAGAAAUAAGUGUGGGCUAGAUAACCAUUUAGUGGUGGUGGCGUGGUGCUGCUGGAAUAAUCUCUCAACUCUAAAGUGACCUGAUUCAUGUUUUUCUUGUCUAUACUAGUAUAAAGUGUUUGUUUUCAGCUCCAGAUCUAACCAGUAAUGCUAUUAACAAAGUCAGUUUUUUGCCAUACCUUUUUAUUUGUUUUAAUUUAUGGCUGGAAGUCCCUCAGGAGAUGAUUCACGAGAGAAUCUUUGGUUAAAUCUUCAGUCGGAUUGAAUUUAUUUAGGGCGCUAACACCACCCACAUGGAUGUGUACAUAUUUAAGCAUUUAAUUUACAACAAACAUAAAAUGAAAACCAACAUCCUGAUGAAGAUGGGAAAUAUAGCCACAAGUGGCUCACGAAUCUUAUUAGUAAGCAGUACCUAAUAUGAGCUAAUAGACAUGGCUCAUCCUGGAGAAUUUCCAGGUCUGCUACAGAACACAUCCUGCAGUUUCCCAAGAGAAAAUGACCUCUCAAAGGAUGAGUAAAUUACAAACACAGUGACUGAUUUAGUAUAAUUAAAAUAGGCUGGUUUCUUUCUGUAUUUGUAUUAUUGUCAGGAAAGCAGGUGAAAAGCAUGCAAGGUAGUGUAGUGUCACCACAACAACAACUGGAGUACACGGAGUCUCGAUCAUCCUCUGAGAUCUACAUUUCUGGAGUUGUGGUGUGUUUUGGAGCAACAGUUGAGAUCCGUGGCAGAAAUAAAUAUGACACUGGGCACAGAAAUACCUGCUAAUAGGAUCCAGGUGUUGGUUUAUUGUUGUAUAUGAUGACAACGGUUUUGUUCAGCUUGAAUUUUUUUGCUCUACAUGCUUGUUGCCAACAGAGCCUUACUUGUGGCGACUGGCAGCGAGAGGAAGUGUAGUGUUUCUGCUGUGCGAGAGAAAUAUAAAUAGGCAGAGUAUGUGUGCACAACAAGGGCAUUGUCUGGGUGACUUAAGUGCAGGGAGGUCUUAUGAAGAGUACAAUCACAUUCAGCCAUUUUAUUAAGAAAUGACUUUAUACUUCAAUAAAUGAAGUUCCAAGAAAUCACCGGAGCUGCAAUAAAAGUCAUUUUGUUUCAAGAUCUAUUUAAAAAUGACAAGUAAAAAGUGUCAGGUGGUAUAAUUGACAAUACAUCGUAGUUAGGGUUGUAGACUUAUUUUUUAUUUUUUUGGCCUAAUUCAGACAAACUUUUGUAACUUUAUUCAGACUCUUCGUGGAAAAACUUUGUGUAACGUUGAUGCAGAAAUGUGCUUUUCCGUCGACACAGGAACUUGGAUACACAGAAACACCAGUUUGAUACCAGUAAAGAAAACUUCCACAAAAUGCCCAGCCCAGUCUUGAAAAUGUACUUUCACUGGCACUCCUCCAAAGCUCAUAUUUCUGUGCUUUUCAAACUCAUACCACACAGAGGAUGCCUUUCAUGCCCCAACUGUGACCCACAAAAGAACGCGGUGAAACCAGUUGGAUGACUGUGGGUGACUCUCCUGCUUCCUUCCCAGUUUCUGCGUUAAACUUUUAUUUUUAGCAGCACAUGCCUGUGUUUGCUAAUAGUGCCUCAUGUCUGCUAUGCAGCUGUUGUCCUGUGUGAGAUGAAGGGCGUUUGAUAAUGAGGACAGAGCCACCUCCCGCUGUGCCGGUCGGUGCUUCAACCUGUGUUGGCAGUUUUUGAUAAAGUAAAACCGACCGAAGCUUUGAAGCAAUCUGAUCUCAUUUUCCCUUAUUUAUCUACUGUAUUAUAGAUACAUUUUUACUUGAAUACAGUAGUUUAGUAAGUAUAUACUUAAGUCUCUUAUACUGAUUUAUAGCUCCAUAUUUUUAGUCUUGGACUCUACUAGAGUAGAAAAUAAUUUGUCUUUAUUUUAUACCGAGUAUUGAUGCAGCGUGUCUGUUCAUUCUGUCUCAAACAAGCUUUCAUUUCUUUAUUUAUUUGACAUCUUCUCCCUUUGGGGCCACCAUAACUUUGAGCCAAUUUUCUUCUAAUUGUGUGCAUCUUAAAAACAGCUGUCGGGAGGAAAUUAUAGGUGGAUGGGUAUAUAACAGGUAGAUGUAGAGAAAUCUUAAUCAUGUGUUUUAGAGCUACAUUAAAUAUUUGUACUGGGAUGAGAGAUACUGCUAUUAUUAUUUACAUUUCUACCAAAUUUAUAAAUAUAUUUGUAUUUAUGUUAGUUGUAGCACCUGACAUAGAAAGUGUGCCAGCCGACAUAUGUCAUGAAUUUAGCUGUUUUUAUCCAUAUUUAAGUGAAAGCUAAAAACCUUUUCAGCCAACCAGGUGGCCCUUUGAUUAUUGAUGAUUAUUACUUUUAUGUUUAUGAUUGAGAACAUACAGAUUAUUGGACACAUUUAUAUCGACUAUCUCAGCUGCUUUUAAAAAUAUAUUUGAUCUAUCUUUAUUUAUUUUCAUGACUGAUCAUUUUUAUUAUAUCUGAUUCCUGACUUUCAUGAUCUGGCACCAAUGGGCUUCCAUACUGACCACCUUGUUUGCAUUCAAAUUAAACGGCUUUAACUGUGUGGAGGCUUUGAUCGGUGGCUGGUAACGGGUGGAUUUGUGUAUCUGCUUCCGGGGACCUUUUGUUUCAAAAGUCUGUUUU